AUGCCUGUCCCCUCCUUACCACCUGCAUCCGUUGCCCACCGCUCCCAAAUCGCCCAACGUAUCACUCAGAUUCGAAGAACACGUCCAAAGGUCUCGUUUAACAAGCUACAAGAACACCGCAUACCCACCCUAUGGACCCUUUACCGAGGACUGCUGAGAUACGCACCUGGCGAAAACGUCAAAUUCCGCGUGAGGAUGGUAUUCGAGCAAAACCGGCACACUACGAGUGCGCACCAAGCACAAUGUCAGCUUCGACAAGGUUACAAGUACCUCAACACUUUCUACUGUGCAAGCAGAGGCGAUGAGCAACCCCAACGUGUUACUCAACGAUACGAAUCUAUGAUUGCCACCAAGCGCUCGAAGGAGUACUGGAGACACACCAUACGUGAAGCUUUCGCUUGGCAGGAAAAGCUGCGCACGCGACCUAUCAACAAGGGCUCCUUUCUUUCCAACACCACCUCCAACCCCUUCCUCCCGCGACUUUCACCACAGCCGGCACAUAUCAACGGCAUGAUACGAAAGCGACGUGCUGCGCGAUCACGCCGCCUGGAGCAAUUAGUCGACCUCCAAGACUGGGUGCACGACGUGCAGGGUGAAGGCGCAUUUGAGCGUUCGCUUGGCAAGCUCGUCUCCAAGGGUUCCACGACCCCCCGGAAGAAUGAAGAUCCGUUCGAAAUGUCAUUCGGUCACGAUGUAUCAGAGUGGGAAUCCCCAAUGCGCAACAAACUCACAUCUAUCAAUGCUUCGCAGAAACUCGACCUCCAGCGCGCCAGGUCCCCCAACCCUGCCGCCCUUCGCCGCUUGCUGUGGUUCGGCAAGAUGGCACGUCGCGAAAAGGUCGAGAACAAGGCGCGUGAACGCGCACGCGAGCGCGCAGGCGUGGAGACACCAUCGAGCAUCGCGCGUAAGCGCCAAGCGGCACCUGCGUAUCUACAGGCGAAGAUGACGGAGCAACAGCGGCACGUCGACAAGGUCAUCCGGUCGCCGAGCGAGGUUGGGUAUGUCGGGAUGGUGAAGCGGAGGGUGGGCAUGCGUCUGGCGAACCCAGACACCUUGAAGUCUGAGGAAAGCCCUGCACGUGCUGCUGAGCUGGAUAGGUUGGCAGAGGCCAUUCGGGAGGAGAACGAGCGACGAAGGAAAGCAGCGCAGGACGAGGAUCGGACAUAAGGCUCGUACCCACGAGUCCAUUACGCCGUACGCUAUUAUUAUCUUAAUGUUCAAUGAAAGGUUGCCGUGUCUCACGUUCUCUCUGCCCCAACGAACAUAGAGUAUACAUCCC